UACGUCAUCUCCCACUGCCCGUUUUCUGUACGUCGCUCUAUUGUUUUUGCUUAUAAGAUCCAAGAUCAGGUGAUUGAUCCAGGAUCCGUUGAUCUUGGUCACAACAAUCUGGUUUGUUUGGUUCUUCAAACCCUGGGCGUUAUUGUUUUGUUUUGUUUUGUUUUGUUUUAUUUAUUUAUUUAUUUAUUUAUUAUUAUUUUUUUUAAGAUAAGCAGGCAUGAAUCAUCCAAGAUGAUUGUGCUCACUUGUGGACAUUGAUUUGGGUUUAUAAACUGGGUUUAUUCUGCCAUUGGCAGAAUGGCCAAAGAAAGGGCACAAGUUUUCACCCCAGUGGAGCAAGAGCUUCUGUUAGAGGGCUAUGAGGAAUUUACUGAAAUGAUUCACGCCAAAGGUAACACCGCAAAAGCUGCAAAAACAAGAAAGGAAGGCUGGCAGAAAGUGGCAGACAAACUAAAUACAAUAAAUACCAGCACACCAAGGACCUGGGAACAAGUUAAAGUAAAAUAUAAAAAUAUUCGUCAAACAGCAAACAGGAAGAAAGCAGAAUUAAAAAAGACUUGGGGAGGACCAGUUGGAUCCGACAUAACCACAGAUGAAGAGCUAAUAGUCCACCAACAUAUUCAACGCCCGAUUUUAGAGCCUAUAGAAGGGGGGACCUCCUCUUCAGAGACAAUGACAAGAUGCAGCAGUGGUGACUUCAUUUCAGUGACGGGGAACAUGGUCUCACUCCUGCCGGUGCCUGAGCAGCGGGAUGAUGACACAGGUGAUGUGGUAGAUGAGGAAACAGUGUUGGACUAUUUGUCUGGAGAAGAGGAAGCCACUGUAGGUGCACACAAGACCUCAACUACACAGUCUGCAUCAUCACAAAACAGAGGCAGGGAGGAGAAUGUGCAUGCUGUGUACAAACGGAAUCUUCUCCAGAAGAUGGAGUACCGCAGCCUUAAAAUGAAAAAGCUCAAGCAGGAUAUGGAAGUGGAUGAAUUGAGGAAAGAAAAACUACAGUUACAAAUACACUUGCUUCAGAAAGAGCUGGCUGAGAGGCAGUGAGGCCAUUUCCAUUUUUUAAUAAAACCCAGGAAUGACUGAA